AGUAAGGAAAUGGUGUAUAUUACUAAGAGUAUAGAGUUAUAGUAGAUAUAAGUUAGAUCAGAAUGAAUAAGGAUGUACACUAGUAACGAAGACAGUGAAGUUUGACGAGAAUGGGAAAUUGGAUUUCUUCAUUGACAUCUUACGUCCCUGGUUUUUUGACCAAUCAGAAAGCAGUUUCAGAAACCAAUGAAAAUGUGCCAGUAAAUGAAGUAGUAAGAGUGUCGCCACCUACCGAUAUUGAAAUAUCUACGGAGUGUGCGCGGACGUUGUAUCAGGCUGAAACUUGCCGAAAGAAAUCUCAGCACUCGGACUACAUUCAAUUCUGCAAAUUGACCCCUACUGACAUACCCGAACAGUUUCAAAAUGACAGACUAUACAAAUAUCUUGUGAACGUUGGCAAACGUGUAGUCCGAGUAACAGUCCAUGCAUCAGAAUUGGACUCCUUUUAUGGAAGUGGCGUAGUGACGAAAUAUCGAGGACAAACUGUUAUCGCCGUGCCACGAAGUUUAGUGCCCAAUGACACAACAGCUUCCCAAACCGAGGUCGACUUUUUCUACGAUACUUCAGACUACAAAGGCGUCUUCAAGUCCAAAGGAACUGGUCUAAUAUCUGUACCCGAUAACCCUCAAUUGACCUUAAUGACUUUUGACCCAGAACCUGAGGUCAUAUGCAAGUCAUAUAUUCCUGACAUUGACCGAUUCAAGGUCGAGGUCACUGUGACCGAUGAAGAAGAUAAUCUGCGUUCAGGAGAAGCGGAAGUGUUUACUGAAGAUGGACAAUAUUACGUCUUGACCAAUACUGACUUGAUAGACACAGAUUUCCAGGCGGAGAACUGUCAAAUCAAAUUCUGUAUUGAUGGUGCGCUUGCACCUAGUUUGGGAACUGGGAUAUUCUAUAUGGACGAAACGGAUACCAUCAUUUCGUUUGAUCCUGUACCGGAAGUGAUAAAACGGGAACUAACGAAACGCGACCCCUUAUGGCAGAAUAGCGAAGACAGUGACAUAAUGCCAAUAGUGAUCUCACAUCCCCACGGCGCCCCUAAAACUGUUACCAUGGGAACAGCGUUCACGAACAUUCAAAAGGAAAUGCUGGAGAGAAGUGUCCUCAAGGAUUCUUUGAAAUCGAAGCAUGCUGUUGGAACCAAGGACGAAAGUGACUUCAUCAAAAAAAAGGUGUUGGUUCACACUGCAGACACGUGCCCCGGAAGUUCUGGUGGGAUUGUCAUUGCCGUUGGAGACGAUUCAAAGAUAAGGGGAGGCUACUCUAAAGCUUUUAUCCAUUUACAAGGUUUAAAGUCCGAAUUGAUGAAGUUGCAGACUGAUUCGGACAAUAUUAACAUAUCGACGCUCAUUGGUUGGAUUUGAUUGUGUGAUUGUCAUUAGUUGAAUAUCCGAAAUGUUAGCUUGGAUAACGUUUGUGUUCUGAUCUUUUACUAACUUCUAGCACCUUCUGUGAUUUUGAAUUUUGAAACUCUAGCGCUUUCAACUUCCGCUUGAUGAAGGAGACAACCGGAAGUAACAAUGCUUGACAACGGCAGCGAAAAGCAGUUCUAUGAAAGUGCAUUGUAGACAGGUCGUUUCAGAGUGAGAACCAUCUCAGCCGCACCUCUCCGCUUCCACAGAGAUGCAGCAUUUUAAAUUCUUAUCUCGACGGUUGUCCCGCCAUUAAGUCAAUCUGCUCCCUAUUUGUACCCCUAGUCUCGGGAGACUGGUGGCGCUACUGACCAUAAUGAUGUAAGAGAUGAUUCUAUUUCUGUUAAUAUUUCAGUAAUCUAUUAUUGAGAAUAAAGUGUAUAUGAUUG